AUGUCCAGGAUGUUCCUGCUGCUGCUCUGGUUUCUGCCUAUCACUGAGGGGUCCCAGCGGGCUGAACCCAUGUUCACUGCAGUCACCAACUCAGUUCUGCCCCCUGACUAUGACAGUAAUCCCACCCAGCUCAACUAUGGUGUGGCAGUUACUGAUGUGGACCAUGAUGGGGACUUUGAGAUCGUCGUGGCGGGGUACAAUGGCCCCAACCUGGUUCUGAAGUACGACCGGGCCCAGAAGCGGCUGGUGAACAUCGCGGUGGACGAGCGCAGCUCACCCUACUACGCGCUGCGGGACCGGCAGGGGAACGCCAUCGGGGUCACAGCCUGCGACAUCGACGGGGACGGCCGGGAGGAGAUCUACUUCCUCAACACCAAUAACGCCUUCUCGGGCCUCUACCUUCUCAGCGUCUUUCCCCAGGGGACUCAAGAGAAUACCUCUCUCCUGCUCCUCUUCCUCACCUCACCUCUUCCCGAACAGCUGCCCCCACCCUCUUAUGAGGGACCCCAGGGCAGAAUGCAGUUCUUGUGCAGCUACAAGGAGCCAGAAGAGGUGUCCAUCAGAGCUCUGCAGAACGCCAGCUGCCACACCCAUUUUCUCCCCGACUCCAUGCUGGCCCAGGCUUCAGUGGAGUGUGACCCAGGCAUCUCAGGGAUGGUGCUAGCUGGAGGUACAGCAUCUAAAGGGGCCCUGAAAUGGGCCUGUGCUGAAGCCUCCACCUGCAACCCCUGCAGGCCUCCUGGGUCUGCCUCCACUCAACGGAAGGGACGUUUCCUCCUCCCUGGGUCAGGCUUCUCUGGAGAGAAGGCAGGAGAGAGGGUGCCGGUUCCCUGCUGUCGGGGCUCUGGACGCUACUCUAUCUACAUUGCCAAUUACGCCUACGGUAAUGUGGGCCCUGAUGCCCUCAUUGAAAUGGACCCUGAGGCCAGUGACCUCUCCCGGGGCAUUCUGGCGCUCAGAGAUGUGGCUGCUGAGGCUGGGGUCAGCAAAUAUACAGGAGGCCGAGGUGUCAGCGUGGGCCCCAUCCUCAGCAGCAGUGCCUCAGAUAUCUUCUGCGACAACGAGAAUGGGCCUAAUUUCCUUUUCCACAACCGGGGCGAUGGCACCUUUGUGGACGCUGCGGCCAGUGCAGGUGUGGACGACCCCCACCAGCACGGGCGAGGCGUCGCCCUGGCUGACUUCAACCGUGAUGGCAAAGUGGACAUCGUCUAUGGCAACUGGAAUGGCCCCCACCGCCUCUAUCUGCAGAUGAGUGCCCAUGGGAAGGUCCGCUUUCGGGACAUCGCCUCGCCCAAGUUCUCCAUGCCCUCCCCUGUCCGCACAGUCAUCACCGCUGACUUUGACAAUGACCAGGAGCUGGAGAUCUUCUUCAACAACAUCGCCUACCGCAGCUCCUCAGCCAACCGCCUCUUCCGCGUCAUCCGUAGGGAGCACGGAGACCCCCUCAUCGAGGAGCUCAAUCCUGGGGACGCCUUGGAGCCUGAGGGCCGGGGCACAGGGGGUGUGGUGACCGACUUCGACGGAGACGGGAUGCUGGACCUCAUCUUGUCCCAUGGAGAGUCCAUGGCUCAGCCGCUGUCCGUCUUUCGGGGCAAUCAGGGCUUCAACAACAACUGGCUGCGAGUGGUGCCACGCACCCGGUUUGGGGCCUUUGCCAGGGGGGCUAAAGUCGUGCUCUACACCAAGAAGAGCGGGGCCCACCUGAGGAUCAUCGACGGGGGCUCAGGCUACCUGUGCGAGAUGGAGCCCGUGGCACACUUUGGCCUGGGGAAGGAUGAAGCCAGCAGUGUGGAGGUGACAUGGCCAGAUGGCAAGAUGGUGAGCCGGAACGUGGCCAGCGGGGAGAUGAACUCGGUGCUGGAGAUCCCCUACCCCCGGGAUGAGGACACACUUCAGAACCCAGCCCCACUGGAGUGCGGCCAAGGAUUCUCCCAGCAGGAAAAUGGCCAUUGCAUGGACACCAAUGAAUGCAUCCAGUUCCCAUUCGUGUGCCCUCGAGACAAGCCCGUAUGUGUCAACACCUAUGGAAGCUACAGGUGCCGGACCAACAAGAGGUGCAGUCGGGGCUACGAGCCCAACGAGGAUGGCACAGCCUGUGUGGGGACUCUCGGCCAGUCACCGGGCCCCCGCACCACCACCCCCACCGCUGCUGCUGCCACUGCCACUGCUGCUGCCGCUGCUGGAGCUGCCACUGCUGCACCGGUCCUCGUAGAUGGAGAUCUCAAUCUGGGGUCGACGGUUAAGGAGAACUGCGAGCCCAGCUGCUGA